GUCAAUAAUAUGAACCUAGCGGUCGCGGGGCUGAUCGUGACUUGGAGUCAAGUGGUGUACACGAACGAUGUUUGCCAAGUAUGGAAACAUGCACGUUCUAUGCUCACGGGAAGUCAAUCAAACAAAGUCGCAAAAUCCGUAUACUAGUAUAUAACUCCAGGCUCCCAUCCCUUCGCAUAAAAGUGGUAUCACCCACAACAUGUCAGGACUUCAAGGCGCACAGAUGGCUCCUUCAACUGCUCCAACUUUCUCCACGGGACUUCGACAAAUUUUCUACCUCGUCACUCCGGCUGAAACUACCUUUGAGGCCUUAGAAGACGUUCCGAACUAUGUGAAACAGGCAAUGCCCUUUGUAGUUCUCCUGUUCCUUGUUGAGACGCUGGUUGCCUGGAUACAGAAAAGGACCACGCCCAGGUUCAACAAUGUCAUCGCUUCCGGGGGUGUUGCGCUUGUCACACAAAUCGUCAGGCUCCUGACUGUAGGUGUUGAGAUGAUGGCGUAUGUCUGGCUGUAUCGACAUCUGCGAUUGGUGGAUAUGUCCUGGGACUCACCUUUGACCUGGUGGACCGCAUUCUUUGGGGUGGAGUUUGGUUACUACUGGAGCCACAGGCUACACCAUGAGGUGAACAUACUCUGGGCGGCACACCAGGUGCACCACAGCUCUGAUGAUUACAACAUUCUGUCAUCGUUACGGACAUCAGCCUUUCAACGCUGCUCCUCCUUUCUCCUGUACUUACCCCUGGCCUUAGUAGUGCCCCCUGCUGCUUUUUUGGUGCAUUACCAGCUGAAUCUGCUAUACCAGGCAUGGCUGCACACAGAGGUGGUUGGUUCCCUGGGUCCACUGGAAUACAUCCUGAACACACCAACUCAUCACAGAGUCCACCAUGGUCGGAAUCACAUGGGAAAGAACUAUGGCGGAACACUCAUCAUCUGGGAUCGAAUGUUUGGUACUUUCCACCAGGAGAGUGGGCCACUUGUCUAUGGCUUAAGAGCGGCUGUGAAUACCUGGGACCCAGUCUGGAUACAGUUUCAUCACUUUGUGUGUAUCUGGCAUGCCUUCUUCAAAACACCUGGGCUGUGGAACAAAACGCGUGUGCUGUUUGCUGGGCCAGGCAGGACCCUUCGUUAUAAACCUCAACUGGAAUCUACACAGGAGUUUCCUAAGCGACCAACUCCAAAAUAUGACAGUAAGGUGUCCAUGGGUUGGGUGUGCUAUGUACUGAUGCACUUCGCACUUGCACUGCUGACUGCUAGAACAAUCCCUAAGGACCUGAGUAUUUUUGGAACUGUCGGAAAGCUGGCAUCUAUAAUGUGGACACUUUCCUCCAUAGCAGCCAUUCUGGACUGCAGGCCGAUUGCUCCUAUAAUGGAACUUUCCCGAUGUAUGUCCGUUUUGGGAACAGGCUUUCUGCUGUGGCUCUCUGGUGCCCUGCUGACCUCACAACCUGUCCUGACAGUGGUCACUUUAGCCUGUCACGCUGCUUCUGUGGUCAUCUGGACAGUGUAUCUCAUGAAGUCACCCUAUGUAGCCACUAGAGGAAAGAUCUGCUAGUCUCAUGUGUCAGCAAUAUCUUUCAAUCCUUCACUUAAGCAGACUUUCUUGUUUCAGGUGUUACUAUACACCUGCAAUAUAGUGUAAUCCUUAGAUGCAAAUAAGGAUCUACUUAACACAAUUAAUGUGUCAUAAUUAUGACAUGAUGUGGAACUUAGUUACAGGUGAACAUCACUUAUCAUUGAUUAUGUAAAUGUCAAGGUCUGAUUUGCAUAAUUGGUAAUGAAAUAUCAAGAUCGAAUUUUGUCAAUAUAUAGUACACAUGCAAUAUAUGUAAUUUAAGUAUAUAAAACCAUCGAUCAGAAUAAAUUAUGCUAAUUAUAACAUAACCGUAAUCGAUGAGGAAAAAUGAAAUUGCUAGAACAAAAUUUACAAAAGCUCUAAAUAUUUCAUGGAGGUAUGAGAUCUCCGAACUCUUGUUUUUCCUGGACGGGUUUCCAUGUAGCCAGCUACGUAACGAUAGUUCCUCCUAGAGUGGGGCUUGUCGUGUAUUCAUGAUGACAUUGAUGUCAACUACCCAUCUGUAGAUGACAUUGACGUCUAUUAAUGAUGACAUUAACGUCAUCUACCAAUGUGUUACAGGGAUAUGUCAGUAACCUUCUUUGCAUGAGUACUACGGUACUCAGACAGUCCUAUGCUUUAGAUUAGAAUGUUCUCGUACAAGCCGCCAUCGACCGAUCUUGGAACGUUAUCCUACGUCAGCGUUCACUCUGAAGAGGUUAUGUAACUACACUUGAGGCUACCCAUCACUCUGCAAAUGGCACUCCACACGUUAUGUAAGUGCAGUACAAGAAAGCGAUUUCCUCUACUCGUGUCGCCCACUGACGGUCUCCGAGCUAAUCUGGGAUGCUCCGUGCGUCAGUGGCGUCUCCCCCGAGGGAAAAUACAGUUUAGCGGUUUGAAUUCCGGCUGUUGAAAUCUUUUAAUCUUUAAACAGGUCUUUAUGUAACAUUGCCAGGGUAAACAUGAUAGAUUUCUAUUAUAUAUUUAACUUGAACAAUAUAACUAUAUAUCUUGUGAAAAGCUAACUACUAUCAUCGUCAAUAAAGUGUGUAUCGAGUGUCACUUGAUGAUUGCUACAAUAAAAUUCC